GACAAACAAACUUUGUAGGAGGUGGUGGGGGUGGUCGACAGUUGCUCAGUAACACACACAUACAUGCUCACAAGAAGGCAAGACGUGGAGUUUCCCUUUUGUUUCCAACAUCAAGGAUUUGGAUAUCAUUUCAUUUCGGUUGGGUUACUUUAGUCACUGUGUGGCUCCUGGAUGACCUGUGUGGAUAUUUAAUGUUUUAGCUCCUGUGGGUGCAGACACAUGUUUUGGUAAUCGAGUGUCAGACUGUGAGGACACCGUGUCAAAGAGAACUGCGGCAUACUGACAAGAACAAACAAGCAGACGCCCAUAAAACCCAACACUGCUCCUGUUCUAACAGACGAACCAACCCCUCAUAUCCUCAUUUAUAUAUUAAUAAACAUGACAUUUUAUAUUCAUAUUAAAUUAAACUGAAUCCAAACAAUUUUUUAAUUAAUUUUAUUGAUGUUAGGCCUGUAGAGACCACAGGGCAUCUGCAGUAGCUCAGGCAGUGUGUUCACACACUGUCUUAUUAGAUGUUUUUUGUCUUUUUUUAAGAAGUUGCCUCUUAUGGCUUUGAAAGAUAUUACUGUGGAGAUCCGCAUAGCACACCUUUAGUAAGAUUACAUAGCUUGUAGCAGACAUAUUGAGUGCAUCUUCAACCAUCGGUCCAUCCCUGAAGAAGAGGCAUGAUGUCGAGGCCUCCAUCCUCCCAGACCACCCCUCAGUUCUACAGAGUCAGUGAAAGAGAUCUCACCGAGAUUGAGCUUCAUUCUGUUGACUCUAUCAACGAUCUCCACCGAACACACCAUGAACACAGCAACAAAGGGGUGAGGCCUCCUCGUCCGGCAAACUCCCCCUCCUCCAAUGGGAAUCUCUACACAUGUGACAUGGCAGCUGUCAAUCAAAGAGGCCGUCCAAUUAGCAGCAAAUGGCAGAGCCGUCUGCAGGAUAUGUUAACACCAAGUUCAUCGCGGGCUUACGCCAUGGGCUGUGCUAUCAUCACGCUGCUUCUGCUCACAGUGCUACUCAUCUUCUACUUUCUGGUCCAGCAGGGCGGUGCCAUCCAGAUGCUGACUGAGGCUGUGAGGGAGAAAGAGGCUGCAGCCACAGAGCUGUCACUGCUGAUCCAACAACUGCAGGCACUGAGACACAACCUGACAGCCUUGAGAGGAGGGACAUAAUAUGUACAGAACACUAAACUUGGAUACACACACUGGACAAGAGUUGCUUAAACAUGCAGUAAAACUGGGUUUUACAGUUGAUGUUCCCUGAAUGUUGUCUGCGUUUAGGAUUAAAUGUUAUUGAUGUAAUUGCCCUGGUAAGUGCAACAAAAUAACUUUCCAAUGAUCUCUUUUAUUCUGUGAUUGUGCAUAAUUAAAUCAGUUUAACUGGUUGCUUAAAAGACUGAGUGAAUGGAUGAAUGUUGAAUGUGAUACAAUUGUGUAACAAAAAUAAUGUAUAAAAGACACAUUAUCUUAAUCUAACAGUGGUUUCUGUAUGUGGUGUCAAAAACUGACUUUGAUGUCAAACACAAAUGAUUAAAUGCAAAAAAACAAA